AUGCCGAAAUCUCCAAAGAAAUCCAAAGGUUCCUCAAAGGACUCCAAAAAGAGUUCUAAUAAAUCCAAAAAGUCCCCUAAAUCCUCGAAAUCCCCUAAAUCCUCAAAGUCAUCAAAAUCUCCAAAGUCGGCAAAAUCUCCAAAGCAGGUAGAACCUAUUGAAGAACCAGAAAUCAUAGUACCUGUGCCCGAUGGAAUAAUGCACAAACGAAUGCGAUUCCUUCUUGAGGCCACAUUGAAAACAGAUGUUGAUUUCAUAGUAGGACCGGAUGGUGGUGAAACAUCGAUCAAAGCGCACAAGUGCAUUCUCUCUGCUGAAAGUCCUAUCUUUGAAAAAUUAUUUGCUGAUUGUCAGGAAUGGAAAGAUGCCCAGUUAAAGAAACAAGAGCAAGAAAUUCUGGAAAUUCGACAAAGAGAAGCUGAAGUAGAGAUGGAAUUAGCCAAAAAGGCAGAGUUAAGAAACAUUGAAGGCUCAAGUGAAAGAGGCAGAAAACGAUCUAAAGAAGAAGGAAGGAAGAAAAGGGGUAGCAAAGAUAAGUCCGGAUCCUCUUCAUCAAAACGAGACGGUUCCAGUAAAUCCAAAUCUUCAAAAAAGAAGAAGAAGGAGAAAAGUGAGAAAAGUGAAAAAAGUGAAAAAAGUGGAAAGAGUGGGAAAAGUGGAAAAAGUGGAAAAAGUCGAUCAAAGUCUGGUGGAAAGAAGUCGGGUUCAAAGGACUCUAAAAGUUCGAAAUCUAAGCGAUCUAAAAAGAGUAGUGAUAAGGAUAACCAAGAACGUCGACCGAUUACGGACAUUAGCUUUUUUCGAGAUGAAGUUAUUGGACCGGAUCAAAUCCGUGUUCGAGAUGUUCAUCCACAAGGGUUUUUCCAACUUUUGAGAUAUAUCUACUAUGAUGAAAUGGCAUUCAAAGGCGUCACUGGCACCAUUCAAACUCUCUACGCUGCAAGAAAGUACUGCUUCUAUGACCUCGCUAGAGCAUGUGUCAACUACCUUGAGAACAAUGUUUGUAUUGAGCAUAUUUUUGCCCUUCUUCAAACCGCAAUUGAUUUCCAUGAGGAUAGAUUGUUAAAUCUCUGCAUGCGAUUGGUAAUAAACAACACGUCAGAAGUGGUAAGUAGAGAGGACUUUAAGAACGUGAAGAAGGAGAUAGUUGUAAUGAUAUUAGAGCAGGAUGUGUUGAAUGUCAAAGAGCUUGAUCUAUUUGAUCGGAUUAUGGAAUGGGCUGCCUGCGAAUGUGUUCGACUAAAAAUUACAACUGCACCAAUGAAUCAGAGAUAUGCACUAGGAAAUCAUAACUUCGUUCUUAUUCGAUUUCCAGCUAUGGAUGGAAAAGAAUUCGUAAAGCGAGUUAUCGACAGCGGAGUCCUAAGGAUGGACGAGAUAAUACCAAUUCUAAAGUAUUUUAUAACAGGUGAAAGACCAAAUCUGCCUUACCCUUGCCUGUCAAGACGACUCCCUUGUUUGGAAAUCGAUCCGCUCGACUCGGCAAGCAUAGCCUCCAGCGAAAUAACUUUCAUCGGUGAUUAUCGAUUAUUCCGAUUCAACAGUUUCGGAAACAUCGCGGUACAAGGUGAUGAGUGUCCACCUGAACAAUGCGGCUUAAUAUCAGAAUGCAAGCGCUCAUAUUCUCCACCGCCUCGUUUCAAUGUGGAAUUAGAUGAAUUUGAGAAAAUUGAAGAUAAUAUACGCCAGUUGAAACGUAUAGCCAUUGAUGAAGCUCAUUUUCAGUGGAACAAGAUGCAUAAAGCAAAUAUGAAUACUCAUUACCGUUAA